AUGGCUCGCCGAACCACAAGAGGCAUAAAGAAGAGCUACGUUGAGGCACCUAUUGUUUUCGAUGAUGAGGACGAGCCAAUCCCCGUCACAUCCAAGGACUCCGACGAUGAGGACUUUACUGCCCCGGAGCCCGCUCAGGAGGAAGAGGAUGACAAGGAUGAAGAAGCCGACAUGGCCGAUCCUACCAGUGAAGAAGACGAGGCCGAGGACGAUGAAGAUGAUGGCGAUGCUGACGGUAAAAAGAACGAUGCGUCCUCCCAGCCCAAAAAACACCGUAAUACGGGCGCUGGCAUGAUCCAGAGCCGCAAAGGCUUCCAUGACAUUCCUCAUUACCCCCUCGAGACACGCAUUGUGACCCGUGUCUACGCAGGUCCCUUGAGGCGAUAUGCGCGGUAUAGUGCCCUGCGCGACUCCAUGUACGGGCCCGAGUACAACCGCAUCAAGAUCAUAUGGGACUUGGAGAUGCGAUGGGCCGAAUUUCCCGCUCUGCCACCCAGGUACUUGCCUCAUGAACCCCAGGGCAUCUGUCCCAGUCCAUGGCUCGCGCCUGCCUUCGAGCGUACACAGGAACAAAAUGCUGCUCGAUGGUACAAUAACUACUACGCCAAGAGUCCCGAGGUACAGCAAUGCCAUUUGCUUUCUAGUCAUGAGGGGGAGCAUCUAAUUCCUCAAGCCGGAGGUGAUCUUGUUACCUUCAUUGGGCCCUGGUAUCGCCAGGGAGAGUUCCGGUUUGCCCAAGGCCAGAGUUUACCGAUAACGGCUUCUGGUCUCCCAACGAGCACAUCCGAAGACCAAGACAAGAGCUCAACAGGCUGGAUGCUCGACAUUGGAAGUAUUCCGCUUGCCAUGGGCUGGGUUCCAUCUCUCGUCAAUGCCAAGCAAGUUCUCGCCAUCGCAAGCAUACCCUUCGCGGAUCAAGAACCUAGGCGACAAGAAGACGGUGCAGAUAAGUACCAAGACCCCAGUGCUAUGGCUGAAGGCUGCGUCCAGCUUUGGGAGUUCACACCAAAAGAGGCAGACAAAACGCUAGCUCGACCUUCCACCACCCCAGCGCGGCUGAUCAGGACAUUGUGUUUCAGCUGGGGCCGGCCAAAGCGACUGCAGUGGUGCCCCGUGCCUUUUGAGUCGGUCGGUAGUUAUGGGCUACUAGCUAUACUUACAGGAGAUGGAAAGGCCCGGAUUAUUGACGUCAAGAAGGUUGAAGAAGGGAGCGCUCCCGUUUACGAAUGGGUACAAUCGCCUGUUGUCACCCUUGGCAUCGAUGAUGACUACAACAACAAGGUGACUUGUCUAAGCUGGGUGAAUAUCAACCGCAUCGCCCUCGGUCACUCGGAUGGGUCUGUCACACUGUGGUCCAUUUUCCCCCGAAAGAUGCUACAAAGAGUCGGAGUACACACCACGUAUGUGAUCGAUAUCUGCUCAGCCUACCCGUCAAAUCCCUACUUGGUCGCCUCGAUUCCCGUUGGCGGAUGUGCAACCUUGACCGACCUGUCGCAGCCAAGCUCCGAACUCACAUACUUCCCUGUUCCCGCUAUCAGCUUCCAGCCGAACAUGCUUUGCUGGAACGAGUCCAUGCAGGGUUUCAUGGCUCUCUACCCAUCUUCCACGCCCAACACGACGAUUGCGUUCCUACACCAUCGCUUCUUUUGCCAAGCUCGUAGUAUCUGCACGGGUCCGAACACUAUCACUUGCAUUUCUGCCGGAGCUACGCACCCGUUUGUGCUGGCCGGUUGUGCAGAUGGCUCGUUAUUCUCUUGCAACGCUCUGCAGAAGCUUUUCAAGCAGAAGGGGGAGCCUUUACAAAAAAUCAAGGUAAUGGAACACGAAUACAGGCCGAUUAGACGUCCUGAACUUCAGGGAAAAGACAGCAGUCGUCCCGUCAGAGGCGCGGUCCGGAUCUUGCAAGGUUUCCUACCGGAGCCCAAUGACGAUCCCAGGACGGAGAAGCGCAAGGAGCUGGACCGGAAGAAAAAGCUAGAAAGAAUGAAAACGGCGUCUGGAAAGAAAAAGGGCCGACCAAGGAAGAAUGGAGGCACCGUAGAGGAUCUGGAUCGGGAGGCCGAGCUCGACGACAAGCUUGCAUCGCGCGUGGUCACCCAUGAGCCGCUGACCAGGCUAACGACGAUUGUAUGGAACCCGAACAUGCAAUACAGCUGCUGGGCGGCGUGUGCAAUGGCUUCGGGUAUUAUCAAGGUGAUGGAUCUUGGAGUGCAGUAA